CCUCACAACCCAACGAAAACAUAACCCCUAAACAAAACAACUAAUUUUUGUGAUAGCGAUUCCAAUCGUUUUUCAUAUUUUUUAUUCCGUAUCAAAAUGUUGUUUUUGUGAGCCUUGUUCAUAGUGUCUUUAAAUUCUGCGUCGCCUACUGUCCGUUUUAAUUUCACCACAAUGGACAGAGUGGACAUAUUUUUCAAUGAGGAAGACUUACAGUAUGAAGAGGAAAUCCUUAGAAAUCCUUACUCAGUAAAACAUUGGUUGAGGUACAUUGACCACAAGAAAGAAGGACCUAAGUCAUCAAUAAAUAUAAUCUAUGAAAGGGCUUUAAAAGAGCUGCCUGGGAGCUACAAAUUAUGGUACAGCUACUUGAAAGUAAGAAGAAAACAAGUGAGGAAACUUUGUAUCACAGAUCCAGGCUUCAAGGAUGUCAAUAACUGUUUUGAAAGAGCCCUUGUAUUUAUGCAUAAGAUGCCUAGAAUUUGGCUUGAUUAUUGUGAAUUUCUAAUUAGUCAGAAACAAAUUACUACGACAAGGAGGGUGUUCGAUCGAGCUUUGAGAGCAUUACCAAUUACUCAGCACCAUCGAAUUUGGCCUCCUUAUUUAGAGUUUGUUAAGAGCUACAACAUAACCGAAACAGCACUUCGGGUUUUCAGGAGGUAUCUAAAGCUUUGUCCUGAAAACACCGAAGACUACAUUGAUUAUCUAAUCUCUAUAGAUAGUUUAGAUGAGGCAGCAACCAAACUGGCUGAAAUAGUAAAUAAGGAAAAUUUUGUAUCAAAACAUGGUAAAUCUAAUCAUCAAUUGUGGAAUGAGUUGUGUGAACUGAUGUCGAAAAAUCCUCAGAAAGUCAGAUCUCUAAAUGUAGAUGCAAUCAUCCGUGGAGGACUAAGGCGAUACACCGAUCAAUUAGGACAUCUAUGGAACUCGUUGGCUGAUUAUUAUGUGCGCAGUGGUCUUUUUGAACGAGCAAGAGAUAUUUAUGAAGAAGCAAUUCAAACUGUGCUGACAGUCCGUGAUUUUACACAAGUGUUCGAUGCUUAUGCUCAUUUUGAAGAACUCACUCUGAGUAAAAGGAUGGAAGAAAUUUCAGAAAAGGAGGAACCUACAGAAGAAGAGAAUGUAGAAAUCGAAUUGAAAAUGGCGCAGCUGGAAUAUCUUAUUGAAAGGCGGCCUCUUCUCCUCAAUUCUGUGCUGCUUCGUCAAAAUCCUCACAAUGUCCAUGAGUGGCAUAAAAGAGUCAAAUUGUACGAAGGCAACCCUCAUCAGAUCAUCAACACCUAUACAGAAGCAGUUCAGACUGUUGAUCCCAAGCUAGCUGUUGGCAAAUUGUUCACAUUAUGGGUCUCAUUUGCCAAAUUUUAUGAUGAAAACGGUCAAGUUGAUGAUGCAAGGCUUAUCUUUGAGAAAGCAACCCAAGUUCCGUACACCAAAGUUGAUGAUUUAGCUUCAGUUUGGUGCGAGUGGUGUGAAAUGGAGAUCAAACACGAAAACUAUGAUGAGGCUGUAAAAUUGAUGCAGAGAGCGAUAGCAAUGCCGGAGCAUAAAGUUGCUUACCAUGAUGAGACUGAAACAGUUCAAAAGCGACUUUAUAAAUCACUAAAAGUGUGGUCAAUGUAUGCAGAUUUGGAGGAAAGUUUCGGGACCUUCAAGUCUUGCAAAUCUGUCUACGAUAGAAUAAUUGAUCUGAAGAUUGCAACACCUCAGAUCAUCAUCAACUAUGGUGUUUUUCUUGAAGAACAUAAUUACUAUGAAGAGGCUUUCAAGGCCUAUGAGAAGGGUAUCACAUUGUUUAAAUGGCCAAAUGUUUACGAUAUCUGGAACACAUACCUUACCAAAUUCCUGAAGCGGUACGGUGGUAAAAAGUUGGAACGAGCGAGAGAUCUCUUUGAGCAAUGCCUUGAAAGUUGCCCGCAAAAGUUUGCAAAGCCACUGUAUUUACUGUAUGCUAAACUUGAAGAGGAACAUGGUUUGGCCCGGCACGCAAUGGCUGUUUAUGACCGAGCAGUAACGGCAGUUUUGCCUGAAGAGCAAUUUGAGCUUUUCAACAUAUACUUAAAGAAAGCAGCAGAAAUAUAUGGCGUUCCCAAAACGAGACAAAUUUAUGAGAAAGCCAUUGAAGUCCUCACCGAUGAAAACGCUCGAGAAAUGUGCUUAAGAUUCGCAGAGAUGGAAACCAAAUUAGGAGAAAUAGACAGAGCAAGAUCAAUAUAUGCUCAUUGCAGCCAAAUCUGUGAUCCAAGAGUGACAAGUACAUUCUGGCAGACGUGGAAAGAAUUUGAGGUCCGUCAUGGCAACGAAGAUACUUUGAGAGAAAUGUUGCGUAUUAAACGCAGUGUCCAAGCCACUUACAAUACUCAGGUGAACAUGAUGUCAGCUCAGAUGCUGUCUGCAAAUACUGCUGCCACUGGCACUGUGGCUGACUUGACUCCUGGCAUAAAAGACGGGAUGCGCCUGCUGGAAGCAAACGCAGCAGCAGAACCACCGCAGCCGAAAGGAGGCAACAUCCUGUUUGUACGUGGAGAAACUCAAGGCGCAGGGGAAGACAGGAUUGUCAACCCUGAAGAGAUCAAGCUGGACGAUGAUUACUCAGACGAGGAGGAUGAGGAAGAAGAGAAAGAGAUGGAGAAUAUUGAUAGGGAUGACGAUAUUGAUGAUGAUGAUGAUAAUUCAGAUGAAAAUGAAGAGGAGGAGGAAGAACUCCCUAUUGAAAAGAAGAAUAUUCCUUCAGAAGUUUUUGGCAGCUUGGGAAAAGGCGGACAGAUUGGAAACUAAGAAAACAUAAUUAAUAAUUGAUGAUUGAAAGAAUUUGUGAAUAUUUCUUUCUUAGUCUAGAGAUCUCUUAAAUAUUGUCUUCAGACUCAAUUAAGAUGUGUUUAAAUCUCCUCCUGUACUUUAGCUCAGAUUGUGUAAUAUAUUGUAAAUAUUAGGGUCCCAUAUCUAGGAAAGUAAAAAAUUAAAUUUUGACAUUAUUUUUACAAAAACUUAAA